AUGACGAUGGAUACGAUUACACUGGAUAAUCUCCGCAUGGUUCAAAGUGAAUCUUACAACACUCUACUCACUGGAGAUGCCAUCCUUACACGCAAGUCUACAAAAUAUUUAACUCAAAUAUGCGUGGCACAUGUUUCCAUGCAACGAUGUUUAAUUUUUGUCAUUAUGGAAGGCGCCUUAUCAAGCCCAGUAUGGGAUCGAUGCUUAAAAAGUAUUAAUUUGAAUGAAAACCAAAUAUAUGGUACAAAACCGUUUUUGUUUCAAUUGCUUAAAAUGAAACAUAUUGAAACUAUCACGAUCGAAUUUUACAAUAAUUUUGAACUUAAAACCAAAUCACUUAUGGAAAUUAAUAAAGUUGAUACAUGUAGAAAUUGUUUAGGCACAAAGAAUAACAACUCGUACAGUGUUGGGAGUGAGAUAAUAUCACUACCAGCUGAUACGUCUAUUACUGUCUACAUGUCAAGCUCUCUACGCAAUUUGGAUUUUACAAGACUGUUCUCUGCGUUUUCUUUUUAUAUUGCAUUUACGUUUGUUGGAGCUAACAAUUUAUGCUUUUUAGAUAUUUCCGAAUCUUAUGGAGAGAUUUAUACAAGCACAGUUAGAGGUCUAGAUAAUCUAAAAAUACUUUUAUUAGCUGGCAACAGAAUUAGCAAUUUAAGCUAUUCCUUUUUUGACACGAUGCCAGGUCUAGAAACGUUGGACUUGUCUAGAAAUCAGAUACUAAACGAUUUUAUUUGGAAUUUCGGAGACAGGCUGUUUCAAAAACUCACAAACCUUCAACAACUUGAGCUGUCGUUCAACUCCUUAAACUCAAUGAGCUCAAAGACGUUUUUGUAUAAUAGAAAUCUAAGAGAAUUGUUUCUUGCAGGGAAUAGAUUUCGACAAAUCCCGUUUAACCUACAAUACACCCCAAACUUGAGGGUUUUAGAUCUGAGGUUCAACGACCUGAUCACUCUUACAGCUGACGUGAGAUAUAGUUUAGACAAGCUGGCUACAGACAACAAGGGGUUUAAUUUGUAUUUAGAAGGGAACGUUUUAUCCUGUGGCUGCCAUGACAUCCAAUUCCUUCUGUGGAUGAAGCUGACAAUUGUAAAUAUGGAUAUGGAUAGAAACUAUUCUUGUAUUGACACUGACGGGGUUUCUAGAUAUACAGAAACCAUAACAGAUCUUGGAGCAUAUUGGCGCAAAUGUACGGGAGAGUCUUUUCUUUGGUUUUCUAUUAUAAUGUUCUGUUUAAUGUUCAUUGGGUUUUUGCUGUGUGUUUUUGUUACAAAAUAUAAAACGUACAUCAUUUCUGGGCUGCUGAAUUUGUUUAGUGAAACCUUUCUAAAGAAACCUUCCAACUACGAGAUUGGUGUCUUCAUUGGUUAUGCUGAUAGAGAUUACCAGUUCGCUUGUCAUGACCUCAGGCAGUUUAUCGAGGACACGCUGGGGUUAACGACCUUUAUUCGUGACCGUGACCUCUCACCUUCAACUGACCUGGCCUCAGCCACUGUGCAGGCUAUAGACAGAAGUUGGCGCGUUCUUCUGGUUGUCAACGAAACGUUUUUGUCACGUGACCGCUGGUUCUUGUUCAUGUGUAGAGCAGCCACAUCUGCUUUGACGUCUGCUAACCCUAAAAGGAUUGUCGUUCUUGUUGAGGACCAGUUACGUCACCGUCUGCCAGCAGAACUGUCGAGAGUUGUUUUGGAGGAUAACAUUGUUGUUACCAGAGGAAAUUUCUUAGACUAUGAGCUGAAGGAAAAACUAAGAACAAGAUUGGUAGAAUAGAACAAAGUAACCCAAGUUUAAAGGAGUUUUACUUUUUAUUCUUUUCGAUAAUUAUCUGAGCAGUUCAAAUCGUCAAAGAAAAUGAGUAUCAAAUUAAAACUUAAUUUCAUUGUUUAAAAAGGUUGAACAUAAACAUGUUAAAUGUAUGACUUUUACAUUGGAUAGAACUAA